GUUUUUACAGCAGCUGGGCGCAAGCGCGGAAAGGCACCGCGACUGGGCUCAGUUACAACGCGGAGCUACCGGAUCGGUCCGACAUGGCAGAGGUGGAGGAGACCCUAAAGCGACUUCAGAGCCAGAAAGGAGUGCAGGGAAUCAUCGUGGUGAACACGGAAGGCAUUCCCAUCAAGAGCACCAUGGAUAAUUCCACCACCACACAGUAUGCCAACCUCAUGCACAACUUCAUCUUAAAAGCACGGAGCACUGUGCGUGAAAUUGACCCGCAGAACGACCUUACCUUCCUUCGUAUUCGCUCCAAGAAAAAUGAAAUUAUGGUUGCACCAGAUAAAGACUAUUUCCUGAUUGUGAUUCAGAAUCCAACCGAAUAAGUCACUCUCUUGGAUCCCUGAGUUAUUCCUUAAUUUAAUUCCCCCAAGAAUAAUAGUGUUAAUCAUGCCUAGUCGGCCGGUGCGUGGAAAUCACCUUGGAGCCCACUUGCCCCACCCAGUGGCCAAAGGUGGGCUGGCAGCUCUGCCCACCCCAUCAAAGGAAUCCCUCUUAGGGGCCCUUUUUUCUGAUCACUUUGGGGUUUGGAGCAAGAGUUUGUGAGAAGCUCACACCCUGCUUCCUUCUGACCUUCCAUUUACUUUGUUGCCCUUGGGAAAGGCUUUUUCUUUAACUAAAAUACCGAAAUGCUUA